AUGCUCGCACGAAGCCCUGUUAGUUCGAUGCGGGUGCUGUGCUUAACGAUGAUCCCGGGAGGGGGGGCGAUGGCGCCCGCGCUGCGGCGGCUGGGGUACGAGCCCUACCACCUCAUGACUUGUUUUCAGGGCGGCCACGCGAGCACGCACACCACCGCGUGGUCGGAGAUGCUCAACGGGCGGCGCGCGUUCGACGGGAAGCUCUUCGCGGCCUACGACAGCUUAGUGGGCCCCCCGGCGACGAUGCUCUACGAUCGCAUCCUGCGAGAGUGCCCGGGAUACACGAAGGUGGUGCUCGUCGUGGAGCCGGAGAAGGAUCGCUGGGCGGCGGAAUACGAUCAAGCGGCGGAGAGGCUCGCCCCGACCCUGCGGCGCAUCGGAAGCUCCAAAAAGUUCAACGCCGCCUUUACCAACAUGAUUGAUGAAAUGGUGGUGAAAGGGGGCGAUCUGACGUCUCCAUCCUUCACGUGGGUUGAUGAUCUACACUCGACGGAGAGCGAGCGAUCCUCGCAAGAGGGGGCGACGGCGAUGCGCCCGCGCGCGGUCGCGCUGCAGCAGUUCGAGGAGGGCGUUAAAAUUCGCGUUCCCCCUGGGCGGUUGUUGGUUUACCGCUACGGCGACGGCUGGGAUCCGCUCUGCGCGUUUCUGGAGAAGCCCAUCCCCGACGAGCCCUUCCCUGCCUACGACAACGGGGUGCAGCUGCUCAUCAAUCUGGUGGAGAAGGUGCUCUUUGUUGAGGUCGUUCGUAGGUGGUUAACCAGGCUGUUUGGCCUUUGGACGUUGUAUAUGCUUUUCCCUUACUUGGGCAGUGGAACGGCCUAUUUUUCUGAACUGUUUCGCGAAUAUUCCAUAGCCUCUGGACGUGACGCCCAUCCAGAGGCUGUGGCUAAGUCUGCGGAAACAUCUCUCGCUUCCGAAAUCGAAGAGUUACCUCGUUGA